GGUACCGGAGCUGGGAAUGGGAUGUGUUUGUUUUGGAAGGAAAUGGGCUGAACCACUGUAAGCCCAGAUGGUCUUUUUGGGCAGCCCCAGGUACAGCUGUGUUUUGAGAUGAGCGGUGGUUCGGAGGCAAAACCAGAGUUGUGUCCUCAAAAUGACAAAAACUAUCAUCUGAAUUCCAUAUGUGAGACCUCUCCUUGAAUGAUAUUACUUCAUAAACAGAACUCAUAAUCUCACAACACUGAUUUUGGAGUUCCGGAACCAAAAUAAGAAAUGAGAAGAGCUCCUUGGCUUCCGGAAUGCUUUUUCUGAGACAGUGACCUUUAAUGAUGUAGCUGUGAAGUUCACCCCAGAGGAGUGGGAUUUACUGACUCCAUUCCAGAAGAAGCUCUACAGAGGUGUGAUGUGGGAAACAUACAUGAAUAUUACUGUGACACGAAGAAUAUGGCACAACCUGCAAAUUAAAGAAGAGGACAAAAAUUGUUCAAGAAAUCUAAGAUAUGAUGAACACAAUUAUUUGAGAAUUGAAGAGCAGCAAUAUAAAUGUAAUGAAGAUGUAGAGACCUACAGUGAUUUCCAGUCCGUUCAGAAGCAAUGUGGGAAAGCAUUCAGUAUACUCAGUAGCUGUCAAAGACAUAAAAACAUUCACACUGGGGAGAAGCCCUGUGUAUGCAACAAAUGUGGGAAAGUAUUCACCACAGCCAAAUGUAAAGCACAUGAUAGAACUCACACUGGGGAGAAACACUUUAGAUGUAGGCAGUGUGGGAAAUCUUUCAGUCGAAAGGAUAACCUUAUUAAUCAUGAAAGAGUUCACACAGGUGAGAAACCCUUUAUAUGCAACAAAUGUGGGAAAGCAUUUAGUACAGUCUCUGGCUGUAAAGCACAUGAAAGAAUUCACAGUGGGGAGAAACCCUUUGUAUGUAAGCAUUGUGGGAAAUCUUUCAAUCGAAAGGAUAACCUUAGUAAUCAUGAAAGAGUUCACACAGGGGAGAAACCCUAUGUAUGCAACAGAUGCGGGAAAGCAUUCAGGAGUGCAUCACAAUGUAAAAUACAUGAUAGAAUUCACACUGGGCAGGAAUUCUACAUAUGCAACAAAUGUGGGAAAGCAUUCAUCAGUGCUUCACAAUGUCAAAAACAUGACAGAGUUCACACUGGGGAGAAACCAUUUGUAUGUAGGCAGUGUGGGAAAUCUUUCAACCGAAAGGAUAACCUUAUAAACCAUGAAAGAAUUCACACUGGGGAGAAACCCUAUGUAUGCAACAAAUGUGGGAAAGCAUUCAUCAGUGCGUCACAAUGUCAAAAACAUGAUAGAAUUCACACUGGGGAGAAACCAUUUAUAUGUAAUCAGUGUGGAAAAUCUUUCAAGCAAAAGCGUUAUCUUAUUACACAUGAAAGACUUCAUACUGCAGAGAAACCUUAUGUGUGCAACAAAUGUGGGAAAGCAUUCAUCAGUGCAUCACAAUGUCAAAUACAUGAUAGAAUUCAUACUGGGGAGAAACCAUUUUUAUGUAAACAAUGUGGAAAAUCUUUCAAGCAAAAGCGUUACCUUAUUAUACAUGAGAGACUUCAUACUGGGGAGAAACCCUAUGUAUGCAACAGAUGUGGGAAAGCAUUCAGUUCAGCCUCUAGCCUUAAAGCACAUGAUAGAAUUCACACUGGGGAGAAACCAUAUGUAUGUAAACAAUGUGGGAAAUCUUUCAGUCAUAAUUGUACCCUUAUUCUACAUGAAAGAAUUCACUCUGGGGAGAAACCCUUUGUAUGUAAGCAAUGUGGGAAAUCUUUCAACCAAAAGGAUAACCUUAUUAAACAUGAAAGAAUUCAUACAGGAGAGAAACCCUAUGUAUGCAACACAUGUGGGAAAGCAUUCGUCAGUGCAAAACGAUGUAAAGUACAUGAUAGAAUUCACACUGGGGAGAAACCCUUUGUAUGUAAUCAAUGUGGGAAGUCUUUCAAGCAAAAGCGUUCUCUUAUUAUGCAUGAAAGCCUUCAUACUGGGGAGAAACCCUAUGUGUGUAACAUGUGGGAAAGCAUUCAGGACAGAGUCUAGCUAUAAGCUACAUGAUAGAAUUUACUCUGGAGAGAAACCAUAUGUAUGUAAACAAUGUGGGAAAUCUUUCAGUCAAAAAGGUAAGUUUAUUAUACAUGAAAGAAUUCAUACUAGGGAGAAAACCUUUGUAAACAAUAUUUAAAAAGCUUCAGUCAAAAUGCUAUCCUUAAUGAAUUUUUUUUUGUCUUUUUCCUUUUUAUCGGUAUCCUUAUUGAUGAAAGAACUCAUACUGGGUAGGAACCUCUGUGGACAUAACCAAAUUGGCAAAGCAUUCAGUAUGCAGAGGUGCUAAAAUAAACCCUAUUUGUGUAUGCAA